UGUAGCCGAGUGUGGGUCAGACACACCCAGCCUCCAUCAAAGCUUUGGAUAACUGAGUGCCUCGGGGUAGCAUGAAUGGGGCGCCUCUGUUUCCAGUCGGGUUCAGAUGCGUCUCCACUUUUUUUUCCACUGCAGCCGCAAGGCACAGAAACAUUUUUCUUCACAUACUGCGGAGGCUGAGGAGUGGAUGGGGGUUUUUUUCCCCCUUGAACAGAGUCUGCGAGACAGGGCCUGGGUCCCUGCCGUGAGCAGCUCCAGAAAAGCAGAGAGAACGCAGGAGGACACCGGGGAGGAUAGUGCAGGGGUGGAGAGGUUCGGCGUUGUCUCCACCGCGCCAGCUGCAGCCCCACCUGCGAGGGGGCGGGAUCUUGUGGCGCUGGACCAAUCAGCACCUACCUGCGCUCACCUGGCCCCCCUCCCGCUUGCUCCCGCGAGCCGCGAUGCUCAAAGAAGCGUGCUGAGCUUAGCGGAGCACUAUCCCGCCGUCGCGGCAGCUUUUCACCCUUCUCUCCAGCCAUGGGGCUCCCUAGUGGGCCUCUCGCGUCCCUCCUCCUCCGCCUCUUCCUCCUACUCCAGACGCAGGUUUGCUGGCUGCCGUGCGCGGCCUCGGAGCCAUGCCGGGCAGGCUUCGAGGAAGCUGAAGUGACCUUGGAGGCUCGAGGCGCGGAGCUGGAGCCGGGCCAGGCACCAGGGAAAGUAGUUUUCAUGGACUGCCCUGGGCAAGAGUCAGCCCUGCUUAGCACUGAUGACUUCAGUGUUCUGAACGACGAAACAGUCCAGGAAAGGAAAGCAUUGAAGAUCUCCUCAUCCAAACGCAUCUUACGAAGACGCAAGAGAGAAUGGGUGGUCCCACCAAUAUCUGUCCCUGAGAAUGGCAAGGGUCCCUUCCCCCAGAAGCUGAAUCAGCUUAAAUCUAAUAAGGACAGAGGCACCAAGAUUUUCUACAGCAUCACAGGACCUGGGGCAGACAGCCCCCCUGAGGGUGUCUUCACCAUAGAGAAGGAGACAGGCUGGUUGUUGUUGAAUAAGCCACUGGACCGGGAGAAGAUUGCCAAGUAUGAGCUCUUUGGCCAUGCUGUAUCAGAGAACGGUGCCUCUGUGGAAGAGCCCAUGAACAUCUCCAUCAUUGUAACAGACCAGAACGACCACAAGCCCAAGUUCACCCAGGAUGUUUUCAGAGGAAGUGUCUUGGAAGGGGUACUACCUGGCACUUCCGUGAUGCAGGUGACAGCCACGGAUGAGGAUGAUGCCAUCACCACCUACAACGGGGUGGUUGCGUACUCCAUCCAUGGCCAAGAGCCAAAAGACCCUCAUGACCUCAUGUUCACGGUCCACCGGAGCACGGGUACCAUCAGCGUCAUCUCCAGUGGCCUGGACCGGGAGAGAGUCCCUGAGUACACACUGACCAUUCAGGCUACAGACAUGGAUGGGGACGGCUCCAGCACCACGGCAGUGGCCAUGGUGGAAAUCCUUGAUGCCAAUGACAAUGCUCCCAUAUUUGAUCCCCAGAAGUACGAAGCCCAUGUGCCUGAGAAUGCAGUGGGUCAUGAGGUGCAGAGGCUGACAGUGACCGAUCUGGAUGCUCCCAACUCCCCGGCAUGGCGUGCCACCUACCACAUUGUGGAAGGUGACAACGGAGACCAUUUUACCAUCACCACCCACCCCGAGAGCAACCAGGGUAUCCUGACAACCAAGAAGGGCUUGGAUUUUGAGGCCAAAAACCAGCACACCCUAUAUGUCGAAGUGACCAACGAGGCUCCCUUUGCGGUGAAGCUCCCAACUUCCACUGCCACCAUAGUGGUCCAGGUGGAGGAUGUGAAUGAGGCACCUGUGUUUGUCCCACCCUCCAAAGUCAUUGAGGUCCAGGAGGGCAUCUCCAUUGGGGAGUCUGUCUGCACCUACACUGCCCGGGACCCUGACAAGGGGAGUCAGAAGAUCAGCUACCACAUCCUGAGAGACCCGGCAGGGUGGCUAGCGAUGGACCCAGACAGUGGGCAGGUAACUGCCAUGGGGGUCUUGGACCGUGAAGAUGAGCAGUUUGUGAGGAACAAUAUCUACGAAGUCAUGGUCUUGGCCACAGACGAUGGGAGCCCUCCCACCACUGGCACAGGGACCCUCCUGCUAACACUGAUGGACGUCAACGACCAUGGCCCAGUCCCUGAGCCCCGUCAGAUCAUCAUCUGCAACCAGAGCCCUGUGCCCCAAGUGCUGAACAUCACAGACAAGGACCUGUCCCCUCACACCUCCCCUUUCCAGGCCCAGCUCACACACGACUCGGACAUCUACUGGACGGCAGAGAUCAACGAGAAAGGAGACACAGUGGCCUUGUCCCUGAAGAAGUUCCUGAAGCAAGACACAUAUGAUGUGCACCUUUCUCUGUCUGACCACGGCAAUAAGGAACAGCUGACGGUGAUCAGCGCCACUGUGUGUGACUGCCACGGCCACGUGGAGACCUGCCCCAAACCCUGGAAGGGGGGCUUCCUCCUCCCCAUCCUGGGUGCUGUCCUGGCUCUGCUGCUCCUCCUGCUGGUGCUCCUGUUUUUGGUGAGAAAGAAGCGGAAGAUCAAGGAGCCCCUUCUGCUCCCAGAAGACGACACCCGUGACAAUGUCUUCUACUAUGGCGAAGAAGGGGGUGGCGAGGAGGACCAGGACUAUGACAUCACCCAACUCCACCGGGGUCUGGAGGCCCGGCCUGAGGUGGUUCUCCGCAACGAUGUGGCUCCAACCUUCAUCCCUACACCCUUGUACCGUCCACGUCCAGCCAACCCAGAUGAAAUCGGCAACUUCAUCAUCGAGAACCUGAAAGCGGCCAACACGGACCCCACGGCCCCGCCCUACGACUCCCUGUUGGUGUUCGACUACGAGGGCAGUGGCUCCGAUGCUGCCUCCCUGAGCUCCCUCACCUCCUCGGCCUCUGACCAGGACCAGGACUACGACUAUCUGAACGAGUGGGGCAGCCGCUUCAAGAAGCUGGCAGACAUGUACGGUGGGGGCCAGGACGACUAGACCCCCCUGCCAGCAUGGCCAGGGACUAAGCGCCAGGCUGCAGCUGCACCUCCAAGGGAUCUCAGUCCCCACCUCAGCCAAGGACUGGAGCUCGUUGAGAAGUGGCCUUAGCAAUGUGGAGGGAAGAGGCCUCACCUCUGACAUUGAAGGGGCAGGUUUCUACAUCUUUCAGAAUGGAGGGAUGUGAGCAGUUUGAUUUCAGCAAUGAAAACCUCCUAGCCUAGGCCAGGGUUGCCGAAUUUCCAGAGUCUGUCCCUGCCAUAAAACACUCAGCUCUGUGUCCUGGGCCUGGACUGACUCUGACGCCCCCAUGACAACAUUCUCUCUAGAAUGGACCCUUCUCCUUACAAAGAGGCCUCUUAUUGCAAUCUGAAUUUUUUUUUUUUGAUGCUAUUUUCAAAAAGAGGCGGGUCCUCACCCGUCCCCUGGAGUCCUCCAGAGGCUCAGGCCAGAGCUGCCUGGCUCACGUGCCCUCACACAUUUCUCUCUCAUCCCCGAGCCCCAAGGCCUCCUGUUUGAAUGGAUUACUGCGUUUUUAUACUGAGCGCGUCUAGGUUGUGCUUUUUUAUUUUCCCUAUCGAGUGUUGUAGACAAAGGGUGACAACGAUCCUGUAAAUGUACUAGAACUUUUUUAUUAAAGGAACUUUUCCCAGAGGU